GUUCAGCCAGCCUCUCUCAGCGGCUGCUGGGAGUUUCCAUGUGGAGCUGAAGGCAGCGUCCGUCCGUCCGUCCGUCCGUCCGUCCGUCACCUGCUGCCGAACGGCGAGACGAGCCGGAGAAAAGAGGACGUCUGACUGGAAACAUGUCCUGAAAACCUGGACAAGGAAGACUUUUAACAACCAAACUCUUCAAAGAGGAGCUCGGCUGGAACCCGGCGAUGUGGAUCAGAUGAGAGUCGAGCCGGAGUCCAGGAGGGAGGGGGGAGGAGGAGGGAGGAGGUGAGAGGGCGAGCGAGGGCUGCCACCGCCCUGUGGCACCUCCGACCGCCGCCGCCUCCUCCUCCUCCUCCUUCCUGUGAGCAUGCAGGUCCUUCAGAUCGUCAAGGAGCUGGUGUCUCCGUCCAGACGCCGGGCAGCUGGCAGGUUUGGAGCGUCUGACACCGAGCAGGAUGCAGCAGGGAGACUGGACCAGGAGCGAGCCGACAUCGUGGCCAAAUAUGACAAGGGAAAAGACGCCACCGUGGAAACCUGGGAGGACACCAACUUCCACCUGUACAAAGCCGUGGACCGCUUCGGCUUCGUCCAUGAAAACGAACUUCCAUCCUACGACUUGGUGGAGGAGAGGCUGAAGCACACAGAGGUGGAGAGAACCUCCAAGUGGCUGAAGAUGAUGAAGAGCUGGGACAAGUACAAGAACAGUGACAAGCUGAUGAGGAGGAUCUAUAAGGGCAUCCCCCUGCAGCUCCGAGGUGAGGUCUGGUGCCUCCUGCUGGACGUUCCCCGCAUCAAAGAGGAGAAGAAAGAUUUCUAUGAGAAGUUGAAGGCUCGAGCUCGAGGACUUUCUCCCGACGUCCGGCAGAUCGACCUGGACGUGAACCGGACCUACCGAGACCACAUCAUGUUCAGGAACCGCUACGACGUCAAGCAGCAGGCUCUCUUCCACGUCCUCACAGCGUACUCCAUGUACAACACGGAGGUGGGAUACUGUCAGGGAAUGAGUCAGAUUACCGCUCUGCUGCUGAUCUACAUGAAUGAAGAAGACGCCUUCUGGGCUCUGGUGCGGCUGCUGUCUGGGCAGAAACACGCCAUGCACGGGUUCUUCGUUCCCGGUUUCCCAAAGCUGAUCCGGUUCCAGGAGCACCACGACCGCAUCCUGAUGAAGACCAUGCCCAAACUGAAACGCCACCUGGACAACCAGGAAGUGUUCACCAGUCUCUACACCAUGAAGUGGUUCUUCCAGUGCUUCCUGGACCGAACCCCCUUCACCCUCACCCUCAGGAUCUGGGACAUCUACAUCCUGGAGGGGGAGCGAGUGCUGCCCGCCAUGUCCUACACCAUCCUCAAACUGCACAAGAAACACCUGAUGAAGCUGUCCAUGGAGGAGCUGGUGGAGUUCCUGCAGGUGUCCCUGUCCAAAAACUUCUACCUGGAGGACGACGUGGUGAUCGAGCAUCUUCAGGCAUCCAUGAACGAGCUGAGGAGGAUGAAGCUGGAGCUGCCGGCGCCAGGUAAAGAAGAAGAGUUUCCCAGAAAGCCUCUGGGGCAGCUCCCACCUGACCGGGCGACGCCGGUGACGAACCACGUGGGGAACGGUGAGAGCCACGCAGAGCCGGCCGAGCCCCCCCGGGACCCCAGUCCUGUGCCGGAGCGCCACAGGGACAGCCGUCCCGUGCGCCGAGACUCCCUGGAGAAACCAGUCCGCCACCAUAAGGCGGACAUCAGGGACAGUCACUCCAGAGGAUCGGGCGAGAUCCCCAGCGAGCCGCGGAGGCAGUCCGCCGCCACCACUCCUGAAAGAAGGGCCUCCCCCCCCUUGGCGCUCACCCCAACACUCCACACCUCCACGGCGAGUAAGGCGAAGCCCCAGACCCACGCCACCGCCAACCACAACUCCAACGCGGCUUCAAGCACUCGGAAGGAGAUAACGCCUCGUUGGUUCAAACCCUCCGAGACCAAGCUGGAAGCUGUCAAGGCGGCGGCGGCCCGAGAGGUCCAGCUGAGCCGGGGGGCGUCCCCCGCUCCGUCCAGCCCGGACGACGGCGCCCUCCCCCACCGCCGGCCGCGCUCGCAGGGAUUCGUCCCCGGCUCCAACCGAGGCUCCAACGCCUCCCAGUACGACAACGUUCCGGGACUGCCAGAGCAGGACUUCGAGAUCCUGGAGCUGGACCGACCCCCGUCCAGAAUGCGGACCCCGCGCAGCGAGACGCCGUUUGGCGUGUCGGCCCCCCAUCAGGGCAGCCCCAGUCGUGGACCCGGCCACACCGGGAGCGCCAUUUCCAUCGCCUCCGGGCCGCGGCUGACCAGACACCCUGUUCCUCCCCAGCACUUCCACGGCAGUCCUUCCAGGGUCCCGGUCCACUACAAUCAAAGCCAGUUCCCCCCCCCGUCCCAGCAGCACUCCCCCGCCAGAGCCACUACUGAGGUCCCCAUCCUCCACCCCAGCUACAGCGUCAACCAGGACCGCUUCUACCCCCCGCCGUCCCGGUUCGCCCCCCCGUCGUCUGUGGCGUACAGGGAUCGAGCGUACGCCACGACCCAGCGGCCGCCCGCCGGCCCCUCCCCCGAGAAGGCACUCAUGAAUAACUCCUUCGCCACCUACCGCAGACAGCCGCCGCCCGGACCCUCUCGAAACCCCCAGCAGGCCAGGCCCCCCCUGGAGCGCCCGCUGCAGCUGGAAAACCAGGGCACCUCCACCCCCAUCUACCUGCAACAGUUCACCUCCACCGCCCAGGUCUACGCCCCCGGCGGCGGCGACUACCGCUAUGAGGGGCGUCCACGAGGCGACGCGAACCCGCACUACCUGCCGGAGGGCCGGCCCUGGAGGGCGCCGGAGGAGGUGCAGUGGGACCCGAGGGAGGAGCCCCCGCCCCAGUCCCCCGGUGGGAUGCCCCGCUCGCCCAGCUUCCUGCGGGCGCAGAUGUCCCCCGUCCAGGAGUUCGAGUUCCCCCCGAACCCGGACGCCCUCCUCCGCUACAGGACUCAGUUCCAGGAGCAGCAGCCCGUCGUGCGGCAGCAGCUCCCCCAGCUGUUCGGAGGACCGCACUACAGACACGCACAGGAGGCGUUCGCCCUGCAGGAGUCCAUGCUGCUGUGAGGGGGGGAACCGGCGGGGGGUCACAGGAAACUGUCGGGGGGUAAACCAGCGGGGGUCCACCGCCUGGGAACGUCACACCAGCCUGUUUUUACUGACCACUUUAAGAGGAGAAAGUGACUGAAGAUUGAAUCUUAUUUUUGGAUGUAAAUCAUUAACCAGAGGUGACAGUAUAUAGAAAUAUCUAUCUUUUCGAGUCAGACCUGUACAGUGGAUUUUUUUGUUUGUUUGUUGUAGGAGAGAAAUAGAGCAGAACCCGAUUUAUUUUCCAUCUUUAUUUUUUUAUAUCUUAACUUGCAGAUAUUUCCAUUGGAGGGUGAUUUCCUGGAAGUGUUUGUGAGUUUCAGAGAGGAAGUGGUCCUCGGCAGCGUGCUGGACCUCCACUGCAGGCUCACUUUCACCUGAAGCGUCUCCGCUGCACGGGCGUCGUACUCGCCUCUCUGUGGUUCGUUAGCGGUUCAUGAUGUUAGCGCUCGCAUUAGCAUAGCCGCGGGUCUCUUCCACAAAAAGCCAUGAGAACCUUUUUAAAUUGGUUUUUAGGAUUCAGUGUAAUGCUUUAGCUACGUUAGCUAUUGAUUAACAAUUAAAAAAAAAAGAUCUGCUGCAAUAUUAGUCUGAUUUACAUUUUCAUUAAAAACCUUAAUAAAUGAAAUAAAUUCAUAGUUUUGGCAGCAUACCUGUUAAGUAUUCAGUUAUCAGGCUAAUCCUCGAAAAUCUUGAAAAAAACUAAUUUUUCUUUAUGAUUAAUUAAAAAUUUUUAUUAAUUAUUUAGAAAAAUGUAGUCCCACAAAAGACUUGCCAUUAUUUUGUAUUUUUUUCAUUGUAGAAAUGAAGCUUGUUCAUUUAGAUAAACUACAUAAUUAUUAUUUUCUAUUUUAAAAACCUGUCAGAAAGGGUUUAAUCUCUUCAUCCGAACUCCGUCCGGUUAAUCCCAGAACACGUUUUAAAUGAUAACCACUGAAGCAGAAACCAAUUGAAAGACUCGCCAGGUGGAUGGAAAGUGGAGGAACGGUUCCGUGGCGGUUCUGGACUCGCUCCUGUUGAGGGCUACUCAUAAACACCUUAACGUCACCGAGGGAAACCUUUUCGCGGCUGCACGUCAAACUGCAGCCGCGCCAGCUGAAUGUGACCUGGUUUAACUCCAGAUGUAUUUUUAUUAGAACCAUUCUCAACACUGUGGUGUUAACUACUGACGCACGCGCACACACGCACACACACACUCAGAACGUCUACCAUUUCAACGUUCCGUCUCGUUCUCCGUCUACUUUCAACUCUCUUCAUGACAUUCCUUCGUUUAACUCUUCCUGUUAGUUUUGGUUUUUGUUAAACGACUAAUUUCAAAUCGUUCUGAUACUUUGCUUAAUAAAAAGGGGUGGGUGACAAUGUCUCUGUGCUUUUAUGUUGAUAAACAGGAU